AUGAAGUUCACCGACAUCCUAUUCUUUGCCAUCCAAGCUGCUGGAGUUCUUGCAGCUCCCUACGCCGGCAACGAAGGCGAGGCUCCCGACUUUGAAAAUUCCUCCGUCCCACCCGCCAACACACCUUGGUUGUCCUUCACCGACAAAGCUAGUCCCCUCGACAAACGUGGUUGCUGGUCAGGCUCACCAUACGGAUGCGAUCUUGGUAAAAAGCGCUGCUGGAAGGUCUGUGGUGAUGGUGGACAGUGGUGCUGGACUGCGGGUGGUGAUGGAAGCGGAGACUGGAACGGAUGCACUGACUGGGGUCAAUGCAACCAGCAGCAGUCUUGUGGAAAGAAUUGCCACAACCCCAAGGAGUGCGGAUGCAGUUGCUAG